AUGCAGCUGCAGCGUGCAAAUAAGGUUAUCCAUGCUUCUUCAUCCGGGAUCUCGCCACUUUUGGUCAAGCAGAUACCUAAACUCGCUUCGGCAAGCUUUUCUGAGGGUACAAAUAUAAUAAAGGGCACCAACAUCACCAGCGACACACAAAAGGACAGAGAAAAUUUGUUUAACGACGACAGCAACUACAUGUCUUUCCUUCAAAGCGAUGCAUUGUGGAGCACCGUAUUAAGUGCUUUUUACUUUAAAAAAAGGAAGCUUUUGGAAAAGGCGCUCAACGCCCUGAACAGUAUGUUGCUAUGUCAAGAGACUAACCUCAACGUUCCCACAAAAAUCUUCAUGCAUCCUUACAUCAACACUUCUGAAGCGAGGGGAAAUGAAGUUUCGGCUUCAUCAAAUAGCGUCUUAUGCAGCGUCGGUGAGGGUGUUUUUGAGGUGCUCACCGAGUUCCUAGGCACUACCUCUGAGUCGAGCGUCCAGUCAUGCAUCCUUUUCCAACUCCAGGGGUUGCUCAGUGACAAGGGUCAAGAUUUUCUCACAGGUCGAUCCAUAACACGGACCCUUCGUUCAGUAUUCACAGUCGCAACGUGGACGUGCCAGGAGCCUCUUCGUGAGUGUUGUCAUAAGGUCUUGAAACAGUGCGUCUUGUGCGUGACACGUAGGUUUGUGAAGGAGUCUCUGUCCAUAGUUCCCUCCAGGGAUGGUGUUCCCGAAAUGUCUUCAUAUAGGUUCGUCACAACUACCCCUUUGGGUGACUACACUACCCACGUCCCACCCGACGCCCCUUACACGCGCAUCGAUGUGAUCGACACUUCUGUGCGAGUGUGUGGAGAAGGACGGCGCACAUUUACAGCGUCCGAGGAGCUUCACCAGGUCGCCCACGACGACUCCUCGGCCGCCUCAGUCUCUUUCGACCCACUUCGCCUGUUCCCUGUUGGUCUGCAGGAGUUGGCUCUGAGGCGUGGUGCGCGGGUGCUGGGGCAUCAACCUAAUGGACUACCCACGGCGUUGAAGAAUUUCCUGCUUCUUCUCCGUGUCAUCUGCAACAUGGCUUCCCAGACUUGCCUUGGGUCGCCCAACGAGGGUGGUGUAGGUCUGCAUCUCAGGCAGCUCACCCUUGGCCUGUUGCAACUGAUUUUCAUUGAGCUCCCCAUUGCCAACUGCGAGGAGGAACACCCUUGCUCAAUAUGGAUGUCUCUGAUCCUGUCUGCGUGCGGUUUUGAGGUCAUUGGCUGUCUGGUACACAAUCUGUCCAUCACAGCUCCAUUUUUGCUCUUUAAUUCCGCAAUCUACGUUCUCAAGCUAUUGCUAAUCAAAUGCCACUAUCACCUAGGACGGGAGUUGAAUGCAAUGCUAGUGGUCUUUCUCCUUCCGCAGGUCAAGUCCAAGUAUUGUGAUUUCAGGCAAAAAUUCGCAGUACUUUCCAUGAUACGUGACCUCCUUUCUUUACCACGUUUGCUCAUUUCAUUUUUUAUUAAUUACGACUGCAAUCCUGCUAUCGGGGCGGACGGCCACAGUGGUGAUAUGGUGGAGAUGUUUGUUGAUUUUGUCGUAGAGCUUGCCUACCUGGAUUACACUUCGGGAGAUCGAGAAGGUCCACAGCUUCGUGAGGAAGAGAAUCAGCUCCUGCAAGCCGAGUGCUUCACAAUCAUGUCUAUUCUUACAAACUCUUUGUACCGUUGGAUUGCCGAAGAUCCUGAGGCCCCUGUACCCAGCUUGAUAGAGGAAAUCAAUGCAUGUCGCAGUGGAAUCGAGCGGGCAUCAGACAUUGUUUUACCGGAGGCGCAUCCGUCUGCCUAUGAGAGAACGAACGUGUUGGGUGAAUCCUGUGGACUAUCAACUACCACCGACCUGUUAUCUACAUUCAAAGCCAGUUAUGAUACAGUAGGUUUUUCUCAGUCUCAUAUCUAUCUGACGCCUGUCUCCAACGCUAAUGUCGAUUCCAGUACAGAAUUUUCACAUCUCGGGGACAUUUCACAGGCAAAGGGAUCGAUCAUGAACGCGGCUACGCUCUCUCAGGAAGGUUGUGUACAGUAUCACUGGAAACACCUUCACUACCAACUCAAUAAUAAGCGUAUUUUCAAAAAGGCAGCGCGUAUGGUUAACACCGGAAAAUGGAAAGAGGCCAAGAGUUUCCUGGAGUCAUGUAAAUGCCUCCCAGUGCGCAUGCCGAGCGAGGCAGAGCUGAAGGGUGAGACAGUGACUGGAGGGAAUUCCAGUCACGCAGAAUUUGCGCGUUUUUUGCACGAGUACCCCGGUAUUACACGUGAUGCUCUCAGCAAAAUUAUAGAGCAUGUUAACAAAAAGGGUGAAUAUACGACUCUAGUUCUAUUAAGAGAUUACUUUAGCUUAUUUCAUUACAGAGGUGUACCUAUUGAUAUCGCGUUCCGCGACACCUUAUGCAAGUUUGUGUCGUGGGAUGCGCCUAUGUUUGAGGCACAGGUGUGGGAAACAAUUCAGGCUAUUUUUGGUGAAGCUUAUGCCGAGCAAAAUCCACGUGUGAUUACGCCAAAGGAUGCUGACACGAUGGCCGGUGCAUUGCUGUUUCUACACACAAACCUUCACAAUUCAAAUGCCAAGAAUACCUCUAUUAGCUUGGAGCAGUUUAUCUCGGCGAGUGCGGAGUUCUUAGACUUUCCGCCUGAUGUUGAAUAUAUACGAAAGAUCUUUGAACGCAUAAAGCAGAAAAAAUGGGAUCUGGAUAUGUACGAUCGGACUCCACAAGAGGUUGAACGCCAACUUGAGCAGGAUCAAACUUUUUCUCGUCUUUUCACAGACCAACUACUGUGCCAAUAUCGAGGCGGAAAGUUGAUCGAGCCACACCAAUUUCAUGGGGGCAUCUCGUCUACGAACCUAGAUGGCGCAGCCAAAGAUGCUACCAGCGCGACAAAUAUCAGACGAAACGAAGGUUCUACGCAACGUCUCAGCAGUGCUGAUGACAGUUCAGGGCCUCGGCAAGGCCAGUCGAAGCAAGAGCAAAAGUCUAUUCUAAAUUCAUCCGGCUUUACUAUGGGUGAACACGAGAAAAAUGUAGUCGCCAGGUUCCAAGAGCUAAAGAUAGACUCGAAUAUUCUUGAGGCCCCGAUGACCAGAUCUGUAAACGCUACCACCUUUACCAGAGUCAACGACGGUGCCACAAAUCUUGGCUCGAGCCACGAUUGCGACUCUACCUCCAGCACUACGAAUUUUAACGCCUCCUUUUCUCCCAGUAGUUUUGAGGAACCCUCUUGGUUCCCUUUGGGAGAGGUUGACUUACUUAAUAGUAGGCCACCGACCUACACCAAGUACAUGGGGAAGGCAAAGGCUCGCGGAAGUCGCCAAGCAGAAUCUAUAGAAGUGUCAAUGCACUACUUGAAGAAGAUUGAAGCUGUUCAUAUGCGUUUCUUUGGCAACUAUGCUGACUAUCAUCCACAACCAUAUAUCUUUCCUCACUACGCGGAGCACGUCCAGUCGUUGCUGCUGCUUGCGUACCCGAGGGUGAUGGCAAGUAUUUACUUGGGGUUUGCUGUCACAGAAAUAGCCCCGCUGCGAUGGCAGCUCCUAGAGACACUCCAAAUGAUUUAUGACAUCGCUGCCGUGUUCAUGAUUAAUAUGGGUGCUCAGCAGGCAGCUGUUGUAGAAACGCUGCAUCGGUAUCUAAAUGUCAGAGAUUCCCACCGGCAAAUGGUACAUGCACAAGCCGCGCUUGUGCCUCUUCUCCUAAACCAUAUGUAA